AUGGACUCAACCAUGGACGACACGAAUCAAUCAUCCUCCCGCAGGAGACUGCUGCACUCAGGUGGCUCUCCACCACACAAGCAAGAAAACAAAGACGCUGACUCUGUUUCCCUUACUACAGGCGAUGUAAGCUCCGUGGAGUCUGUACUGCCGGCUCACACAAGCCCCGAUGCUUCCCAAUCGCAGGAAGACGACUCUCCAUUGCAGGACGACGACUCUCUGCAACCCAUGCAAGACAACGAAGACGCCGACUCUACCUCCUUUGUCGCAGGUGAAGGAGACUCCAUGGAGUCUGUACUGCCGACUCACACGAGCUCCGAUGCCUCUCCAUCACAGGAAGACGACUCGCCGCAACCCAUGCAAGACAAAGAAGAUGCCGACGCCACCUUUCUUAUUGCAGAUGAGGGAGACUCCAUGGAGUCUGUACUGCCGACUCACACGAGCCCCGAUGCUUCUAAAUCCCAGGAAGACGACUCUCCAUUGCAGGAAGAUGACUCUCUGCAACCGAUGCAAGAGAACAAAGACGUCGAUUCUACCUCCCUUGCCGCAGAUGACGGAGACUCCAUGGAGUCUGUACUGUCGACUCACACAAGCCCCGAUGCUUCUCCAUCGCAGGAAGAUGUCUCUCUGCAGCCCAAGAGUAACGAGGCCGACGACAGUGCCACCCGCGAGCUCCUCCAGCCCAUCGCCGACUCUACCCCUCCGGGUGCUUUCAACAAAAGCUCUCUGGGGCCUUCGGCCCCAACUCAGACAACCAGCGGCGCCUCCGACAUACCGGAUAGUAUACCAAGUGAUGCGCUUGAUGAGUCGAUCAUAGACGCACGGUACGUUGCAACGGAAGGAAAGGAACACUACGAGGCGCGUGCGUCACUCGAGGAUGAAGAAUCUGAACGCUGGCUAGGCGGUGGCCGUAUGACCGGCCUUUUUGGCAAGCUCGUGUACCUUUUCCAACCGUUUGAAGAAUUCAAGAAAACCGUGGACGGAGAUGUUGUGACUUUCAUUCAAGAAUGUCUCCCCCUUGACCUAUCAUGGGAGGAUCUCGACACGGAGACUCAGAAUCGUCUCAAGGAGUGGGCGCCAGACGCUGAACAGUACGUGGCUGACCACAUUACAUGUGGAGGGUUGUGGGAACUGCUUGCAGCCUGGGUGUGGCGAAUUCUCUUUUACAAUUUGUUUUCGGCAGAUUGCGACGACAAAUGGGCCGGGGAGGCUUGGGCUGCUUUUGGCAAGAUGCUUCGAGGUUUUCAAGGGCGCAUUAGAAACGCUGAUGACUCGUUCACCUGGACAUUUCAUACUUGGAGAUAUCACUCGGUCCGGAUGCUCCAUGCCUUGCACGGCGCCCACACGGAGCCUGCCCGACUUGACGCAAUCUUUCGAAAAGAGUUGGGCCCCUUGAUCAAAAUCAAGAUGAGAAGGAAUCCCGAUUACCAUGCCGGCUGUUUCGGCAAGUAUCUCGGAACCAUGAUUGAGAGUGCUAUCAAACUCGACUUGCGUGUUCUUUCGACCAAGACAAGAAUCUGCUUCGAGAUGCGCGACCCGGAAACGUUGAAGGUCACAGGUUUCCCCUACAAGUAUGACAAGAAGGUCAUGGAGUGUUAUGAUGAGCCGGAGGAUGGCACCAUCGUCGGCUUUGUUAUUCGCCCUGGCUUACGCUUGUAUGGACGCAUUCAGCCGAGGAAGUUUUUGCCGCCAAGGGACCACAGCCAUUUCCACAUCGAGGAGCCUUCGUUCGCUGACUACCACCACUUCGAAGCUGUGCCGAUGUUGGUCGCAGUGAAGCCGGCUCGUUCGGGCAAGUCGUAUGAAUGA